GUGCCCCGUGAUCAUGAGUGAGACCACCAGAAACACCUUGGAGAGUUGUCUGCGGCAACUUAAAUGCCAUUUCACGUGGAACUUGGUGGAGGGAGGAAAGUCGUUGGAUGACUUUGAAGACGAGGUAUGUAACACGACGGAGUUCCAGAACAACGAAUUCAAAGCCACGGUGUUCAACAUACUGGCCUACAUAAAACACCGCAGAGGCCACGAUGAGGCUGCCCUGGGGUGCCUACAGAGGGCUGAGGAGCUGAUCCAGCGGGAGCACGCGGAGCAGGCAGACAUCAGAAGUCUGGUCACCUGGGGAAACUACGCCUGGGUCUACUACCACCUGGGCAGACCCGCAGACGCUCAGAUGUAUGUGGACAAGGUGCGACGGGUAUGCGAGAAGUUCCGCAGCCCCUACAGAAUCGAGAGUCCUGAGAUGGACUGUGAGGAGGGGUGGGCCCGGUUACAGUGUGGAGGAAAGCACAACGAGAGGGCCAAGGUGUGCUUUGAGAAGGCUCUGGAAAGGAAUCCCCAGAACGCAGAAUUCAGCUCUGGCCUGGCCAUCGCGAGCUACCGUCUGGACACCUGGCCGCUGCCUCAGGAUCCCGUCGACCCUCUGAGGCGGGCCAUUCAGCUGAAUCCUGACAACCGGUAUGCGAAAGUGCUCUUGGCUCUGAAACUUCAGGGGAUGAAGGAAGAAGGUGAAGGAGAGAGGCUUGUGGAGGAAGCUUUGGAGGGGGCCCCGUGUGCAACCGACGUGCUUUGUGGAGCAGCGAAGCUGUUUAAAAGAAAAGGAGCCCUAGACAAAGCUAUCGAACUGCUUCUAAAGGCUCUAGAAGGCAUGCCCAACAAUGCCUAUCUGCAUUACUACACUGGGUGCUGCUACAGGGCAAAAGUCCUCGAUAUCCUACAGGACACAGGAAAGAAUGGCAUGUCCUGGAGAAGAGAAAAGUUACAGGAAGCCAUUGAGCAAGCUGUGUAUCAUUUGAAGAGAGUGGAGGAGGCCGAUGCAAACCACCCCUGUGUCUGCUCCUAUCUGGCCUGCCUCUAUGCACAAGCAGGUCAGUACGACGAAGCAGAGUGCUACUUCCAAAAGGAAUUCUGCAAAGAGCUUUCUCCCGUAGCCAAACAAGUCCUCCACCUGCGCUAUGGCAACUUCCAGCUCUACCAGCUGAAGAGCGAGGACAGAGCCAUCCACCAUUUCAUACAGGGUGUGAAAAUAAAGCAGGACUCAAAGGAGACAGAAAAGAUGAAAAAUAAGCUGCAAAAAAUUGCCAGUGUCAGGCUUUCUAAAAACGGGGCGGAUUCUGUCGCUUUGCACCUCUUGGAGUUUCUUCAGGAGCUGGGUACAGAGAUGCGGCCAGCAGAGGAAAAGUCGGAGAGGCAUUUGGAUUCCGGAAGCUUCCUCCCUUCAGCAUCUUCCCCUGAGGAAUGA